AUGUUGACUGAUUUCAGAUUGGCAUUAAUGUUUUUCUAUUUUUGUGUGGGUAUCAUUAUUUUUAUUUUUCUGGUAUGGUGUAGCCAAAUCGACUCUAAAACUUCUGUGCACUUAACAACAUCAAAACCAGUUUCUUCUGACUCACUACGCAAGUCGCCUGCUCAUAGUGUCAUGGAAGAGCCGUUCGAACCAGAUAUAUCAUUAGAUGCACCAUCAGAAUCAUCAAUAGUGUCUACUGAUGCUCUGCUUCAAAAUGAAAUUGAAUGUGCCGAAAGUUCUUAUUCGACUUCUUGGCAGCCACAGUAUUUGGAAGAACAGACUGAGAUGAUCAAUUAUGAAGCAUUCAGUGAUCCGAUAAUCAAUGCAGUAUAUGUUUGUGAUACACUGUCUAAUCAAUAUAAAAGAACAAAACCAAUAGCUUCGACUUUUAUGAUGGUGAAUCAAACAGAAGGAGUAUUUUCUUACGAAAUAUAUAUGUCCUACAUUCUUUCAUGGGAUCCUGCUUGGCUUAAUCAACCCCAUCUGAAGCCUGGUGUUUUGUAUGAAAAUUAUUGUAUAAAUAAUCGUUCAGCAACUCCAGUAAGGCAACGAUAUACAUCCUUCAGUGAUUAUGAAUCAGCACAUUUACCUUGUCUUCUUGAAGAAACAUGGCAAAAUGUAAAACAAGACAUUCAGGAGCGUUUAGAACAAAAUAAAGGUAAACCACCAACGAUAUGUCAAGCAUACAUGGUUCGAACAGAAGUAAAACGAAAAAUUGGUUUGAUGGAAUUAUAUUGUCAAAUUCUUACAGUGGAUGAUGAUCCCAUGCGGCCAAGAUACAAUGAUCUUCUACUCAUUACGGCUUUCGAUAACCAACAAUUUUUUGGCAUACUACAGAAACAACAGCGUGUUUCUAAUCGUAAAUUCAUUCAUCGAAUGUUAGCUUUUGAUCCUCGUUUGAAUACUAGACCAUCAGAAAUAGUUUGUAUUGAACUAACAAUCGGCAUUGUUUUGAAGUGUUCGCCGUUAAUUACUGGUUCGUGUAUUCAUGUGCAGGUGAUGGCAUCGCUUGUUUCCAAUCUGCGUCGGUUCCGAGCAUUGUCUUUGCUUCCUUCGUUACCUUUGGUGUCAGAACUUCUCUCUCCUUCAGUCGACGAUAUGACCUUCCAAGUAAACUUACCACGUCUACCACAGUUCGAUAUGGAAAACAAUGGGGCAAAGAAUGCAGCUCAGUAUCAAGUGAUAAAUGAAGCUGUAUCUAUCGUUUGCGGACCACGGCGGAAUUCAUCUCGUAUCUACGUUGUACAAGGGCCUCCUGGCACAGGCAAAUCUCAUACCAUUGUUAAUAUUGUAAAAUCGAUAAAUCAACAAUGGAAUUUGAUGAGAAAGCGGAAGAAACUGCGUAUUCUUGUGUGCACUCCUUCGAAUGGUGCAUGUGAUGACCUUACACAAAGACUCGCCAAAAUAGAUGAUCUCAUCGUGGCUCGUGCUGGUCAUAAUGAAUAUACAGACACCUCUUGCGUGUCUUUGUUCAAAUCAACGAUGCUCAAAGAAAUCAUUGAACAACUAUCACCACUAGAAUUCUAUUCGUCGACAAAUACAUGUCCAAGAGAGUUAAGUUUACUGAAGCAAAGAGAUUUAGAAGAAGCGAAUGUGGUUGUCUCAACGUUAAACUACGUUGGAAACUCAAUUUUUGAUCCAUUUUCUUGCGAUAAAAGGACAGUUGAUGGAUUUCAAGGACGAGAAAAAGAUAUCAUUUUGAUUUCCACUGUUCGCACGUGUGGUGACAAAUGUGGACAACAAAGUAUUGGAUUCGUAGCUGAUCGACGUCGACUUAAUGUAGCAGUGACUCGAGGUAAAUAUGCUGUGUACAUCAUCGGACAUGCGAAAUCAUUACAUGUCAAUAAAGAUUGGCGUUCGCUCAUUCGCAACGCAAGACAGCGUCAAUGCAUCCUUAACUAUAAAACAUAUCAGGAUUUUAAUUGGCUACACCGAUUAUAA